AUGUUGAACUUCAGUCACCUCUGUGUGAAGAAGAAUGUGUUUUGGUCAACAGUAGCAAAGUCAUCACUGCUUUGCAGCUCUCUGAGGAGCACCAGCUCUAAGACAGGAGGAAGAUCAGAACCUGCCAAGCAGCCACUUAAGAAGCCGAAAUUACCAGUAGGUCGAUUUGAUGAACCAGAGGAGUCCAGUAUAGAGAGGGAACCUCUGGAAAAAUUCCCUGAUGGCAUCAAUCCUGUUACAAAAGAGAGGGGUGGACCUAGAGGCCCUGAACCUACACGCUUCGGAGACUGGGAGAGAAAAGGACGUUGUAUAGAUUUUUAA